AACAAACGGCGUCACUGUGCUGCGAUUGUUAGUUGAGUCAGUGUUGUGGUUCCUCACUCUUUCAGCCGUCACACUCUCACACCCCCAAAAAUGAUCGUUUCUCUGCUGUAAUCGCCGCAAACCUCAGAUCCCAAUUUCCGAUCCAUUUUCUCUUUUCGUUAAAUACGAGGUUAGGGUUUCCAUGGCUUCGGAGACGAAGAUCGUCAAUCUUCCCGAGGAAGCUAAGCUCGCCAGAGAAGGCGUCAACGCUCCCAGCUACGCUUUUUUUAGCAUCUGCAGGUCCCUCGUCGCCGGUGGAGUCGCCGGAGGAGUAUCGCGAACAGCAGUGGCUCCACUUGAACGGUUGAAAAUUUUGCUGCAGGUUCAAAAUCCACACAACAUAAAAUACAACGGAACAAUUCAAGGUCUAAGAUAUAUAUGGAGAACUGAAGGUUUCCGUGGAUUAUUCAAAGGGAACGGUACUAACUGUGCUCGAAUCGUCCCUAAUUCUGCAGUGAAGUUCUUUAGUUACGAGCAAGCUUCCAAAGGUAUACUACAGCUGUAUCAGAAGCAAACUGGAAAUGAGGAUGCUCAGCUGACUCCCCUUUUACGUCUUGGGGCUGGAGCAUGUGCUGGAAUAAUUGCCAUGUCUGCAACUUAUCCUAUGGACAUGGUUCGAGGCAGGAUAACUGUACAGACAGAGAAGUCCCCUUACCAGUACAGAGGAAUGUUCCAUGCUCUGUCAACUGUACUUAGGGAAGAAGGUCCACGUGCUUUAUAUAAGGGCUGGCUUCCUUCAGUCAUUGGAGUUAUUCCUUAUGUGGGUCUCAACUUUGCUGUGUACGAGUCUUUGAAAGAUUGGUUAAUUAAAUCGAAACCAUUUGGUCUAGUUCAAGAUUCUGAGUUGAGUGUGACAACUCGCCUGGCUUGUGGUGCUGCAGCUGGAACUGUUGGACAAACCAUUGCCUACCCUCUUGAUGUCAUUCGUCGAAGAAUGCAGAUGGUUGGUUGGAACCAUGCUGCUUCUGUUGUAACUGGUGAUGGAAGAGGCAAAGUAUCACUUGAAUACACUGGCAUGAUUGAUGCAUUCAGGAAAACCGUCCGGUAUGAGGGAUUUGGCGCUUUAUACAAGGGUCUGGUGCCCAAUUCUGUGAAGGUGGUCCCAUCCAUAGCAAUUGCGUUUGUAACAUAUGAGGUAGUGAAGGACAUUCUAGGAGUGGAGAUCAGAAUAUCAGACUGAAGGUUGGCAUCCACCUGAUAUUUGGCUGCCUGUUGUUUUCUUGUAGGCAAGGGGAUGCGGAGAUGAUAAAUUAGGGUUAUUUUCUUGUCUUUCAUCUGUUCAAGAAUGAGUUAGGAAGCACUUGAGCUAGUGUCUAUAAAUUAAUUCCCUUGUUUCCCAUUUGUUUUUCUUUGUGAACGUGCUGUAGCUUUUAGCUUCUUAUUCAUAUUCUAUGGCAAUAAAUGUUGUGGAUUAACAAUGCAAGGACUGCAUGGCUUUCUGCUCGAGUGAAGAAAGCAUUUUUAUUGGUGGAAUAUCCAGUGUCCGAUUACUGAGUUCCUCUCCCUACCCUAAUCUGGAAAGAGUGUUUAUUAUAUCAAAUUUGCAUUGUUGCGUGCAGGUUACUAAGC